CAGGACAGUCGAGGACGUCUUUUUAAAUCUUUCCGUCUCAUUUUCGCGCCCGUCGAAGAACCCCUCGCCGUUCUCUCGCAUUGGCUCUCGAAAUCGAAUUCACGAAUAAUCGUGCACGUGACUUUCAAGUUGAACGAUUUGCCCAGCAACUGAAAUCAGAUAUCUCUAGGAAAGGGGAGAAAGAAAGAGAGGAAGCUAGCUAAGCUAGGUCUAUUGAAGGACGUAUUGCGAAAUGUGCGUUGUGUGAUGAUAGCGAGAAUCUGUGGCACUUAGAAGUGGUGCCGAAAAUCCACGGCGUACACAACGCAAACUAUGCAGAAUCGGUGCCGCCAGUACAUUUCUGAACGCACGAAGUCCGCGGAGAGACGUGCGGAAGACGUCCAAUAGAAAAGGAGGAGGAGGAGGUCCUCGUGAUUCUGCAAAACGGCGGUUAUCGGUGACGGUUAUCAAUCCGCAAGAUCCGAGUUUCGAUUGCCAGAGAAUUUAUAUUAGUGUAGUUAUUCGUGUCGUAGGGUGCGGUUGCGCUGGCCGUUUGUCAACGUAUAUUGCCGCCGUGCCGCGGCAGAGAAGAACCUUUUGGGAGAAGAGACGCGGAAGUACGAGAAGCCGGCCGGAUCGGCGCGCGCGCUCGAUUUUCGCGCGAGUGCACGGCUGCUGCAGCAAUCUCAGAGGAACGGCAACGGUUAGCGACAGCGGCAAGCCGGCAGAGUUGGUUGGAGGCAAAUGGCACGACGCAGGCAGGCAAAGCAGCCAGCGACGGAGAGUGUCGUAGUCGCCUCCGCCGACGGCAACGUGACACCGCCGAAGAAGAGGAAGACGGCCGUCGCUAAACCCGCAGCUGCGGAACCAGCGGCCGUGGAGCCAGCGGCCGCGGACGAACCGAGGCAGAUCAGGAGCCGACAAGCGAAGGCGGCCAAGCGGGAGAACGAGGCAGUUAGCGAGCCGGCGAGUCCGCCGAAAAAGUCACGCGCCAAGCCGAAGAGUGCCGUCGCUGACGCAAAAAAUGACGCGAAGAGCAGGCCUAAGAGGCAAACCAAAAAGGAAUCGGAGAAUGCAGCUAUGAAGGACGAUGCGGCAGAGGAAGUAGUCGAGAAGAAGACUCGCGGUGGGAAGGCGACGGAAAAGGCGGGAAUGAAGGCAACUAUGGUGAAGCCGAAGGCCAAGGUGCCGGUUGCCAGGAAGCAGAAGACCACGGUCGAAAAUGGCGAUCCCGAGAAGAACGUCGUCGACGAAGGCCCUACAAAGAGGACGACUCGUCGGGCGAAAGCGGUAGAAGAAGGUGCAGACGCACCGGUACAGCCUCCUGUGAGAGCAGCGCCCAGGAAACGCAAGAACGCACCAGACGCGAAAGUUAUUCGGGAAGCUCAGGUCGCCAAGGACGAGGAGGAGGAAGAGAACGAAGCAAAGGUGGCUGAGGCUAGCAAACAAUCUCGCACCAGAGCAAAAAAAGUGGAAACUGAUACACCUGCCAUGACCUCCAAGGGAAGAUCCAAGAAGAAUCUGGUAAAAGAAAUUGCUAAACCAUUGCCAGAGGAAGCAGAAGUCGAAAAAGAGAAUGAUGAGGAACAAAAUGCAGAAGAAGAUAAUUCAAAAACAAAAAAUGUAAAACCUGUAAAAAAGGGAAAUGUAAGAAAAGUUGCUCCUAAAUCAAGACUUAAUGUCGCAGCAGGAAAGGCCAAUGAAGCUCAGGCAGAAGAGGAAACGGCGCCUGAAUUGAAUGUUAAAGAAAAUGGUGAAGAACACACAGUAGAGCCUAAACAAAAGAAGAGAAAUGCGGGGAAAGCGAAUGCAACGACAAAUGGAAAAGUUGAAGCGAAAGAAAAACAGAAGAAAAUAGCUGCUGCGCCCGUUGAUGAGAAAGAAGCAACAAAAGAUGUAACUGCAGAAAUUAAAACUAGUGAAAUGAAUGUGGCAUCAGAGAUCGAUGAAAACGAUACAAAAGAUGAUUCCUUAAGCAAAGAUGAUAGCGUUUUACAGAGUGAGGAAGAAAAUAAGGUUAACGAAAGUGCAAACUCGAUUGAUUGCGAAAUAAUGGAAAAUAACGCGCCUAUUUUAGAAAUAUCAAGUAAUGAAGGAGAUAACUCCAUCUUUUCUCCGUUAUUAAAAGUACAGAACUGUUAAAGAAUAAAAUGAGAAGUUAGAAAUUAGAAGAAAAAAUACCAACAAUAUUUUAUAUUUGACUAAUAGACACAUGAGGAAUCACACUUACAUGGGGAAGGGAAAGGGGAAAGAAGGUAAUCUGACGUUUUAAUAUAUUUAUCAAACACAUCGUAAAUAAGUCGUGAAUCCCUGAUCUCUCACUCUGUAGUCAUAAUUUAAUGUGAUUUCAGCAUCGGAUCAGGUAUCUUAAUAAUAUUCUAAGAAUAUUUAUUUAUUAUUUGUGAGAAAACAAUGGAGUAUAUACUUUGCACGAAAGUUUCACUGUAUUAUGGUAUAAGGAUAUGAAAAUGUUACUGGAAAAUACUUCAAAACAUAUUUUUUUAAAGAUGUCGUUUAUCGAAAAUGUUUAAUAUUAGAUUUUCAGCUGUAUGUCGAUAACAUGUAGUGCCAUAAGAAAGUUUGAUAGGUCUCGUGCGAAAUUCUUGAUUCCUAUCUGGGCAGCAUCUGCUAAAGUCUAUAAGAAAUUAAAUUUAUUAUGUAUAAAUAAUAAAUAUUUCUAUCUAUAAUAAUACUAAUUACAGUUAAUAUUAGUAUGUUAAUAUUAUUAUAAUAAAUAUUGUUAUCGAGCAAAAAUUCAAAUGAUCUUUGAUGAAGACACAGGUAAUAAAGAGUUAAAUUUUCUAUUGCUGCCCAUACAGGAGUUUAGUACACUACACAUAUUUUUCUAAAAGGCUAACAAAAAAUACUUGUAACACGCACAUCCGCACAUUGUUUCCAUUUUCUAGUCCUGUAAUUUUAUUUGUAACACUUAUUUUUAUUGGUAACGAUGGAGUUAAUCACAAUCUCUUUUAAUAGCAAAAUUUCGAGUUUGCCACUUUAAAUUUUUAUGAAACAAGGGAUGUUAUAAACAAAUUUUGUGUAUAUAUAUUCUUUUUUAUUUACUAUUGUUAAAUAAUUACAAUUAUACUUUAACUGUCUUUGAGUGCGUCAAGUUUAGUAAAGCAGCUACGUUGUUUGCUGAGCAAAUGCUGCGCGAACAAAUAAUAGUUCGUACAUCGUUGGAUGCACAUAAAUUGUAAUUUUUGUGCUACCAAAUUAUGUAUUAGAUAAUAAUGGCAUAUUUCUAUUGACAUAUAAAAAUAUUCAUUUUCUGAUAUUACUAUGUUUAGUUACUAAUUAGAAUUAGCUAUCUGCUUUGCUACUUUAAAUGCGCUCAUUGUUGAUUAAUCAGAAUGUUUUUAUUUUUUAGAAAAGACUAUACAUAAUUCCGAGUGAAUUCUAACGACCGUCUGUAUUUUUAACGAUUACAUAAUUACAUUACAAGCGUUCUGUUCAAUAGUAACUAUGUAUCUACAAUGCA